CCCUCAUGAGACUGUGUGUGUAUGCAUUGACCUUAUCCAUGUUUGCUUGUACGGUUCGUUUGUUCGUUCGCCCAUCCAUCCAUCCAUCCAUCCGUCCAUCCGUCCAUCGUAUGGAUGAUAAAACAUCCAUCCCCAGUGCACACGGUCAUCACAGCCGUCGACACCCAACGGACCAUGGAGGGAAUAUCAAAUAUCAACCAACGUACGUACUCACACAAAUCCCACCACCCAUUCACCCACCCACUCCCCCCCUGAUCGUGUGGAAGCAGUCACAAAUAUACGUAUGCCGAAAAACGAGUCGGAGGAUUCAGUCAGUCAGUCAGUCAGCUGUAUGCACACACAUGCCGCGCGAAAGGAAGUCACCUGUACACGGCUUCCCCCCGCACACACACCCUCACACAGACCGACCUCUACACAGCGACUGACCGGCUCGCUAUCCUCCGUCCUCUGUGGCGGCCUCUCUGUCGCUUCUGAGCCAUGUGUUGCCCUUGGCCCACCCUGCCAGCCAUCCCAUCCCGAAGAAGGCCUUGUGAGACUCACCGCCGCCCUCCCGAGCCUUGAGAGUGAGGAACUCCUCGUGGCACCGUCUGGCUCGUUCUUCUCGCGAUGAUACGAGCAGCUCGGCGAUGCGCUCAAACUUCGUCGGGCUGCCCCUUUCGUCCGAUGCGUGAUACAAAAAAAGAGAGAUAGACGCACAGUUGACGGGACAGUCGGUGUGGUUCGUCUGUCUUGGUUGCCUCCUCGCCUACCAGGUCUGACGGAUGACGGCCUGAUGCUCCCUCACGUCCGGCCUCUCCCAAUAGUCAGAACUGCAUCAAACAGCACAUAUCAUAUGCGGGAAUACAUGUGUGCCAACGCCACAUCCCCUUCCUCCCUCCUCCCCCUCUCCCCGCGCUCACCCGGGUCUGAUGCCGCGAGUGCUCAGCGACAGGAGGAACGGGUCCGUCGUAACGGCAGGCACCUCCCCAUCCCCACCGCCGCCCCGCUGCCCGUACCGGCAUGGUGCAUCGUCCCCGUACUCGGCUAUGUCCGUUGGCCGGUUGGUCAUGUUCUUGGCCUUGCUGAGGUCCAGUGGCGCAGGGCGCUUGGCCGACAGGCGCUGGUUGGGAUGGCUGUCGUCAUCGCCACGGGAAGGCGGCCUGACCUGUGGCUGUGUCAGCGGCGUGGCGAACGUGACGAAGUCGUCGAACUCAAGGCCGUCGAGCCAUUCCGUUGUGUCGGUGAGGUGGUUAAUCGCCCCCUCCACAUCUGAAUGAGCCGACACAACACACGACAGCACGCCGUACAAACAAACUGCAGCGUUCGCACAAGGUUCUCCGAGUCAUCCGUUCUUACGGUGCAGGGCGAUGUCGCUGGCCUCGGCUUCCUGCUCUACUGCCCCCUCCGCAGCGCACUCGCCGCACAGCACGCUGCCCAUGCCGCGGCAUUCGGCUUGCCGAUUCCUUCUCUUUCGAGCUCGCAGAUCUCCGAUCGGACGAGAUUUCUCCAAUGACGCUUGCUCUGGCUUGGCUGCUGAGGUGCAGUGCACGUGUGCCUGUUUGUGACGAAGAGCGCGCCUUUGGUUGGUGCGCUCCUGCUGCUUUUCCACCAGAGCUUCGCCCAUCUGAUCUCGGCCUUUUGGCCAGCUUGCCUGUACUGCCGUUAUGUCUACGCAGUGGUGGGUUCUGUCGCGUGAAUGCGUGUCCAUAUCACACACACAGGCAGGCUUCAUCGUAGGUAGGGGAUGGGGUGUGGUUGUGUGUCAGUUUGUCAGCAGGCAUCCGGCUCACUGCAUACUGCAUCGUCAGUCGCAGAGCAAGGUCAGAAGGCAGACUGCAUCUCAUGCGACAGUUGCCCAAAGGCCACAAGGCCUACGUUUCUCUUCCUUGCGGCGCCUACGUGUCAUUCGUGUUUGUGCUUCCCGCUCUCAGACUCGUGUGGGUGAGGGCAUUCGUUUCGUCAGCAAAAUCACUUGGUCUUUGCGUGUCGUUCAACCAACCCAGAAGCAUUCAGACAAUGCCCUUGGCAGUCUCCCAUCCACGUGUGUCUGUCACACGCAUCAGGUCCAUCACACCUAUGCACAUGUGUCUGCAUGAAUGAGCAUAGCAGAGCCGCAAGGCCAAUGACGCUACCGGGACACCAGACACCGAGCGGCUGUCCACCCAUGCACUACCAACGAACACUCCAGUCUGCCCGUCACCGGAAGGCAACACACCACACACCAGAGACAGACGUGCAACUAUACACACACACUGCCCUCCUUCUCCCUGUCAGACCAGUACUGUACACCCAGCCGGGCACAACCGGGCCAGAACAGCGUACACUCAAGCAGCGGACAACGCGUCCGCCAAUCACCCAUCAACACACCAGCAGUGGACGACGCGCCGCUAACCCCUCAUUACACGUGAGCAUAUUAGCUGACACGUGCGGCCACCAGCCGAAGAUAGCCGGUUGUCUUUGCGGAAGAAAG